AUGAGGGUUGCAGCAGCAGGACGCACCUCCUUGUUCCUCGUCCUGCCGCUGCUGCUGCUUCUUGUGGUAUCGGCCACAGUUCGUUCUGCGGCGGCGGCGGCGACCAAGGUGUGGAAAGGGGAAGGGACUCGAUACAGCGUCAUGGCUUUCCAUGCCGCUGGGGACGGCGUGACGGAUGAUACCAAGGCGUUCGAGGAGACAUGGGACUCUGCGUGCAGGGACAGCGGCGGAGCCAACGUGUACGUCCCUGUGGGAAGGACCUUCUUGCUGCGCGACGCCACUUUCAACGGGCCCUGCAAGUCACCCAUCACGAUGCAGGUGGACGGGGACAUCGUGGCGCCAAGCACCCUCUGGCAGCUAAAAUCGUCAAGCGUGCUGACCUUCCACGAGGUCGACAACCUGACGGUGGACGGCAGCGGCCAGAUCGACGGCCGAGGCGCCCCGUGGUGGGAUUGCCACAACCACAAGAAAUGCAGUGUCCGGCCAAUGCUGGUGUCAUUCUCGUUCUGCAACGGUCUACGGGUGACCAACAUACGCCUCAAGGACAGCGCCCUCAAGCACAUCAGCGUGUACAGGUGCAGCCAGGCGCUGGUGCACAACGUCUCCAUCUCCGCGCCCUGCGACAGCCCUAACACGGACGGGAUCACCAUUGGGGCCUCCGACCAUGUCCGCGUCUCCUCUUCCUCCAUCAAGUCCGGUGAUGAUUGUGUGUCGAUUAUAACGGAAACCACCGAUGUCAACGUCACUGACAUCACGUGUGGGCCCGGUCAUGGCAUCAGUGUGGGAAGCCUUGGAGGUGCUGGUGAAGGCCCAGCGAUGGUGGAGAGGAUUACAGUAUCCAACUGCAACUUCUUUAACACGACGAACGGUGUCAGGAUCAAAUCUUGGCAGGGCGGGCAAGGCAAAGCGAGCGGAUUCAUUUUCAGGGACCUCAACAUGACUGAAGUCCAACAUCCUAUCGACAUCGACCAGUUCUAUUGUCCACAUGGAAACUGUCCAGAACGGCAAGGUGGUGUGGCCAUAACGGACGCGAGGUUCAUCAACAUCCAUGGGACGUCCUCCGAGCGAGAGGCUAUCAAGAUCAUGUGCAGCAAUAGCGUGCCGUGCCACGACAUCUAUCUCGAUAAUGUCGACCUAUCAUGGUGUAAACACACUGCUCCACCAAAAGCCAAGAUUAUGAAUGCCCAUGGGAGCGUCGCGGGCAAGGUGAAGCCACAAGUGCAGUUCUUGGGCCGUUGA